UUCACACCGGUCCAGUUACAUCUGUUUUAGUGGGGGGGUUGUCUCGCCAAACCAAACCAAAUCUAGCUAGCUAGUCGGACUUGUGUCUUCUUGUCUGCUGUAUUUUGGUAGUAAUAUUAGCCGAAACAUUUAUUUGCUUUAUGUUAGAAGACAUAGGAAGUGUGUGUUCGGUGUAAAAGCAGAGGAAACCGGUCCAACUCACGAUGGAAGACUGCUUGCACACCUCUUCAGAGAACCUGUCUAAGUUGGUCCGCUGGGCCCAUAGUCACGGCACCAUCUGUGCUCUCAUCCCGAACCUCAAACACCUGCUUACCGAGGGUUCCCAUGGGAACCUGACCGCCAUGUGGGGUUGCGGCGCGGGCCACGCCUACCACUGGCCCCUCCAAGCCACCUGCAAGACGGGCCAGAAGGUUAUUCUGAAGGAGAGGGGGGGCUGCUACCAGGACAGCCGCAGCAUCAACUCAGACAGCCUCAGUCUCCAGGGAGGGGCUUCUGCCUGCCAGAGCAGCCCAGGAGGAGAGAGGUUUCUGGGCCGCUCCAGCGAGGCCAAGGGGGUCGACAGCAGCCAGACCCGGGACUCCUGCGACUUCUCCAACUGCAGCGACGACGACGACAACGCCGAGGCUGACGACAACGCCGAGGCUGACGACAACGCCGAGGCUGACGACAACGCCGAGGCUGACGACAACGCCGAGGCUGACGACAACGCCGAGGCUGACGACAAUCGCAACCUGUUUGAUAUCGUCUGCGAGUCUUCAGCCACGACGGACGAGGAUGGAGAUGCGGACUACGAGCCUCAUCACAGACCCAGGAAAAGGGGUCCCCUAGGGGGCAUGCCUGGCUCCCAGGGACCAUGGUCUGAGGACAGGGGACACGGGGACAAAUCAGUGAAGAAAAUAAAGCAGGAGACUGCUGAGGAAUAUUACACAGUGCCUAAAGCCCAGCUAGCAGCAGGGGGAUGUACCAACUCUGGCAUGACCUCUGACUCAGUCUCCCAGUCCCCAAAUCCUAAUAACUCUCUGUCCCAGUUAUCCCUGUCCCACACCUCACCACACAAGCCCUUCCCGAAGGCUGCAGACGGUUUGGGUGGUGGUGGUGUGUCGUCUCCGCUGGGGCACUCCUCUCAUCACAUACCCCUGCUAGCCAAACCGUUACGAGGCUCUGUCUCCAAGCACUCCUCCACGAUGAGCUCUGGUUCCCCCAGACAUCACGACUCGUCCUCUGUGUCAACCCAGUGCCUGAGAACCCUCCCUGGGGCGGCAAUUGAGCUGUCGGAGGACCUGCCGAAGCCUGGAGGAUCUGAGGGGCCAUUUGGGGACCUGACUCCCUCCUCUCCAAGUGGGAUGAACUCUGACCUGGACCUCCUGGGAGCAGAGACCAAAGGAGUGGCUACAGUGGGUCCGCCUCUCUAUGAGAUUGACCGUCUCCGAGCGUUGCUGAGUGUUGAGCGGAGCCGCAGGGAGCAGAUGGGAGAGACCAUCUCUAGUCUGAAACAGGACAAGGAGCUGCUGCAGCAGGAACUCACUAAGAAGGCUGAACUCAUCUGUGACUUCCUGCAAGACCAGCUACGACCAGAGAAAAGGUGCGGUCAUUCAUCCAGCCACAUGGAGGCGGGGCUGGGCAGCUCCACCCACAUGGGGGCGGGGUUCCCUGACGAGGGCGUGGUAUUCGAGAACUCGGCCCUGUUCGAAAGCUUUGAGGAAGUGGAGAUCCACCCACUUGACCGACACAGGGUGAUGAAGAGCUCCAAGAGGAGCAGAGAUGGAGAGAACACACGAGUCAGGAUGAAGAACGUGGUGGGCGUCAUCGCCAGGUACAUGGCGGCCCUGCAGGAGUUCAGACGCAGCGUCUCCAUGAAGGUGGCGUUCGACCGCGUGGGCGUCGACCGGAACACCAUCUCACGGACGGCGGCCAUCGCCGAGCUGAGCCUGGCUGCUCCGGAGGUGUUCCACGCCCUGCCGCCGUGGGACGAGAAGGAGGAAACGCUGGCUCACUACGCCCACCGCUGCCGGCAGGCCAUGGACGACACCAUCAGAGCCAAGAUCAAAACCAUGAAAACCAAGGGAGACCUGCUGCCUAUAGUCAGCAAAUAACACGGGACUGAGGGGGCGGCGUCCCACUGGGGACGGGACUGAGGGGACGUGGUAGAUCACCUGCUAGGUGUCAAAAUGAACGGCGGUGAUUCAACAGGUAGAAUCGUCUGGAAAUGAACCGGUAACGGCAGCCAAUAGAGACGGGACAGACGGACGUUCCGGUCGGUGCAUUUUUUUUUUGUCCUUAUGAUAGUCUGUCCCCAGAUCUGUCAAUUUGUGAUGUCCUCGCCCUGGGACCAGACUGGUCCUACGAUGGCCUGUGGUUGUCAUCGGGAUGUGAUUGGUUACCGAUGGCUUUUCAAAACAAGGGAUCUGUCCUUUAUGCUCCAUUCCACGUCUGUCCACCCCAACCACCAAUGAUAACACAGAAACACUAUGUAGGCUGCACACUGGACUGUCAUUAAAAAACACUGUUGUUCAUCAUUACUGUAAUGGUCGACUAUGUGACAAAUGAAUUCUGAUUCUUGGAUGAUGUGUAUAAUUUACUGUCUAGACUAAAGUUUAUUUUUGGAUUUGUC